AUGGACAGGAGGGCCCCCUUUGUGAAGGGCUGCAUAUUCCGUGUGUCAGGAACAGGCACCUGUGAGGAGGUUGGGAUGGACUUUCCUGCUUCUUCGGACCUGCUCCCGCGCCAGCCCGCGCCCAGCAGGGAGAAGCUGCCCGGUGACAUCCAGUGUGGAGAGACCUUCCAUGCGGAGGGCAGUCAGUACCAGUGGGCGGAGUGUGGGAGCACUUUCAGCCAUGAGCACUCACUUCUCCAGCCCCAGAGCUUCUGCAGUGGGCAGACACUCUACGACUGUAACAAAUGUGGGCACCCCAGCAGCAGCUGCAAGUGUGGGCGUGGCAAGAGACAGCGAACUGCCUCCCAGGAAAGGCCUUACGAGUGUGGCAUCUGCGGGCAGUUCUUUGGCCAAAUCUCCAUUCUUGUCAAACACCAAAUAACCCACAGUGCAGAAAGACCUUACGAGUGCAGCGAGUGUGGGAAGACCUUUAAGCGUACCGCGGAGCUCAUCCGACACUGGAGAAUUCACACAGGAGAAAAGCCUUAUGAGUGCAGCGAAUGUGGGAAGUCCUACACACGCAGCUCCAACCUUGUGGAACACCAGAGGAUUCACACGGGCGAGAGGCCUUACGAGUGUGACCAGUGUGGCAAGUGCUUUAGCCAGAUCUCCAACCUCAUGCAACACCAGAGCGUUCACACCGGAGAGAGGCCUUAUGAUUGUGCUGAGUGUGGGCGCUCCUUCAGCCGCCGGUCCAAUUUCAUCGAACACCAAAAGGUUCACACUGGAGAAAGGCCUUAUGAGUGUGGUGAGUGCGGCAAGUUCUUCAGCCGAAGCUCCAUCCUCAGUGAGCACCAGAGGAGGGUUCACACAGGUGAGAGACCCUACGAGUGCAGUGAUUGUGGGAAGUCCUUCAUCCGGAACUCCACGCUCACUCGGCACCGGAGAGUCCAUACAGGAGAGUUGAGCGGCGAGUUUGCCGGAGAUUUCAGUGAGGAGUACACCGACGAGUUUUCUGGAGAAUUCUCCUUGGAAAAUGCACUAUGA